AUGAAGGUUGCUCUAGUUGAUGGAAUUGUGAUGGGUGGAGGAGCUGGGCUAUCAAUGCAAGCGACGUUUUGCGUCGUCACCGAAAACACGGUAUUUGCUAUGCCGGAAGCAUCAAUAGGUUUAUUUCCAGAUGUCGGCGCAUCAAAGUUCCUCUCUAAGCUUCCUGGUGCUUUUGGAGAAUAUUUGGCGCUUACUGGUGCACGGCUGAAUGGUGGCGAAAUGCUAGCUUGUGGUCUCGCAUCUCAUUUUGUGCUCUCCAAGGAGCUUCCAUUACUGGAAAAAGCUAUGUGCGAGGAGGCACCUUUAAGCAAAUCAACCGUCUUGGAUUUAUUAAACAAAUUUGCGCAUAACCCAAAUAUGAAUGAAAAUAGCAUUUUCAGGAGAUUGGAGAUCAUCAACAGAUGCUUCUCGAGACCCACCGUCGAAGAGAUAUUCUCGUCACUGGAAAAUGAGAUUGAAAAUAAUGGAGCAGAGAAAUGGAUCGAAGAUGCCAUGAGGUCCAUGAGAUCAGCCUCCCCAACAAGCCUCAAGAUAACUUUGAAAUCGAUUAGAAAGGGACGGACGCAAGACCUCGAGCAAUGCCUUACUCACGAAUACACUGUCUUCUGCAACAUGUUGCGAGGAUCCAUAAACAGAGAUUUCUUUGAGGGUUCAAGAGCGAUCCUAUUUGACAAGGACAAAAAGGCCAAGUGGGACCCACCGAAGCUGGAACUGGUAGCUGAUGGGAUGGUGGACAAGUUCUUCACGAGCCUUGAUGGGGUCGACCCGGAUUGGGUCAACCUACGGCUCCCGAUCCGGUUGGGCCAGACCCGGUCGCGUGCGAGGCUCUGA